AUGGAGUUCUUCCUAAAGGCAAAAGUGGUUCGCCUACGGAGCCACCAUGACAAAUAUAUGUUGGCGCAUGAAGAUCAAGAAAACGUUUAUCAAGAUCGUAACGGUUGCUAUGAGAAUGCAAAAUGGACCGUUGAGUUAUUGGAAGAAAACAACAAUAAUGUGAUAAGAUUAAAGAGUUGUUAUGGAAAAUACCUAACGGCUUCAAACAUGCCAUUUCUUUUGAAAAGCACAGGUAGACAAGUGUUGCAAACUUUACCUAAAAGAUUAGGUUCAUCGGUUGAAUGGGAACCUUUUAGGGAUGGUGUUCAAGUGAAACUAAGGACUCGUUAUGGACAAUAUCUUCGUGGAAAUGGAGGAUUACCACCUUGGAGAAACACAAUAACACAUGAUAGUCCGCGUAGAACCGCAACGGUAAAUUGGAUUUUAUGGGAUGUCGAUAUUGUCGAACUUAGACCAAAGGAAGUGGGACAAGUCCCUAAGCCAAGGCCAAGGCCUACACCUAUUAUACCGCCAAGUCGUUGUCUGAUCAAUAAUUCAAUUACAACAACAAUGGAUAAUUCAUUUCCUUCUCCUCCAUCUCCUUCACCUUUGACGGAUUCAGAUCAUGGACCUCUCGUCAAGAUUGAUCUAAGGUCUCCUCGAUCGCCUGAGGAUGAUUCUGAAUAUUUAGACGAUCCAUCUCCAUCGCCGAUAAAAGAAGGGAGGGUUAUAUUCUACGACAUUGGUAAUGAAAAUGGCGAAGUUAUUGCUGCAACUAAAGGAUCAUUUUUUACCUUUAAAGGAUUUAGUUUGAACGAGUUGAAGGAGCAAUUGAUGGAAGAAACUCAACUUGUUGAUAUUCUUGUGUGUUGUCGCAAUCCUUUGAAUGCUAAACUAUACCCUAUUCUUUUACAUCUACCUCCUAAUAAUACUGAUAUGCAUGUUGUUGUUGUUCCUUCUUCAUUUAAAGGGAAUUGA